AUGCGUUCCUUUAAUUCGGUUCGUAGUGAUGGGUUCAAACAAAUAUGUCAAGUUUUGAUCGAUAUUGGUUAUAAAUAUGGCUUAAUGAAGACAAUUAAACCAUCCGCUGAUAUAUUAAUUCCUGAUUGUACUAAUAUAUCAGGUACUAUUAAACAAAUUGCAAACGAAUAUCGUUUAAAAAUGAAUGAAAUAUUACGGCAAGAAUUAAAACAAGUAAAACUAAUUGGUAUUAGUACUGAUUAUUGGAAAAGUAGUUAUGCCGGUGAUAACUAUUUAACUAUUAACAUUCAUUAUACAAAAGAUAAUAAUCCUGUCACAUAUAUGUUAAAAAACAUUUUAUUCUCAGGAACGAAGAGUGGUGAGAAUAAUGUUCGAGCAAUCAAAAUCAUAUUAAAAUCAUAUGAUAUUGAUCCAGAAGAAACUCACAUUAUAUAUUUGACAGACAAUGCGUUGAACUUUAUAUCAGGUUCCCAAGCGAGCAAAAGACUGGUUAAAUUACUAGUCUUUUUUCUAGUCCACAGAUGA